AUGAUUAACGAUAUGAUAUCCACAGGAGCCAGUUAUCAUCGACGCUUGUCAAUACUGACGAUCUUUCUAGCUUCCAUGGCUUUCCUGUUAGUUGUUACCUCGGUAGGAGCUUUCCUUUAUGUGACUCGAAAAGAAAAAAUCCUUCGUCGACUUCAUCUGAUCUCGGUUAUCAUCAUGAUCAUCAUUGAAUUAGGUUUUCUCGUCGCAAUUAUUUUCUGUUGCACUACGCAAACAAAAAAUAGUCUCGGACAAAUCUUAGCUGUCUUUCUCAUUCUUAUCUCGCUCUUUGUUUUAAUGAUACUGAUUUAUUUCUUACUUGAAGAUGUGAUCAAAGAAAAAAUCGGCCCGUAUCCUCAUCAUUUCAAUCCAUACAAAUCGUAUGAAAUAUGUGAAAUUAAAUCUGUCAGUCGACAUGAAUCCCCAAGACUGGUUUUAGCUGAUGAAAAAGCCAUACCAAUUAUCGAACCAACGAUUAUCUCAUCCUAUCCGCGACUCCCAACACCACCAACGCCCAGCAUUCUGUCACCGCUGCCAACUCCGGAUAACAUGCUUAGUCUACCAUCAAAUCAAAAUACAUUUACGGUUCCUCAAGAAUCAUCUUCUGUUGUUGAUUUGGACAAAGCUCGUCGAGACUUGUUAGCUGCUAUUGAAGAACGAACAAUUCCUGCAUUAGAAGAAGCCAUACAACAAGUCAAAGAUCAUAAUUUUCUUCAUCAAUUGAAAUACGAAUGUGAGCGAGCAUUAGAGCUUCUUCAUCGGUUGAUGAAAAUUGAACAUAUGAAAAUUCGAGUUCUACGAUUAAAUCAAGCUACGAUCGCUGAGUUACACAGCUAUACGAAGCCGCCGGAUGAAGUCUCGACGGUCAUGCGUGCUACCUUUCUACUUCUCGGACAUUGCGAUAAAGAAAUUCAGGAUUGGGCGCAAAUCCAAAACUUAUUGGGUCGCUUAGGAAAAGAUAGUGUUCGUCGGCGAUGUUACGAACUUAGUCCACUUCACAUUCCAGUUGAGAAAGCUCAUGAAGCGAAAGACAUUCUACGAAAUUAUGAUCUAAUACGUGUCAGCGAAAUCUCCAUUGGCUUGGCAGCAUUUUUCAGUUGGGCAGUAACAAUGAUCGAUGAACGAGAAAAACUGUUAGAAUCACAACGACAGAUUGGUUGUUAA